AUGGGCAAUUGUUAUGAUUCAAGAAAGAAUACAGUAAUUUUAGCAUUCGAUUAAGCUGAAUAUACUCAAUUGAAUUCAUAAUUUCAAUAUUACUGUGAAUUAAGUAGUGAGUAAUAAUAUCAAUAUUAUUAGAACUCGUGAUAUUAAAUAACUUAAUUAAAAAUCAUUUGAAGACAUAUUCUCAGAAAAUCCUACAUUUGGAAUUAAGUUAUUUAAGUUCCUUGAAUUGUAUAGUGGAAGCGAAGGUUAUGUGAAGAAAGAACCUUUGUUCGAAUUCUGUAUUAUUAAUAUUACUUACAAUAUAGUGGAGCUCUUAGUGAAGGAUGUUUAAACUACAGUUCCAGUAUUCAAGAAUCUAGAAAGAUUUGAAUUAAUGUCUUUGAUCACUUUGUAGAACUAUAAAUAUGUAAAAACAAAAGAAGAGUUGGCAUAAUUGUAAUUAACUUAUCUUGAUACUCUAAAUGUUAUUAAAGUAUUUCAAAUUAUUCUAUCAUAAUAGGAUAUUAUUAAAAUGUAUCAACAUACACAAAAAAAUACACCAACUAAUGAGAAAUACAUUAAAUCAUUAAUAGAUUAAUUAUAUAGUAUUUAUUUAAUUCUAAAUGUAGAAAAUGAAUCAGGUUCAUUAUCUUGGAUAUAAUUGAUGGAUUUUAUUUCAAAAUAAAUGCCAGGAGCUAAAUAUCUUAUCAAAAAGUAUUUUUAAGCUAAAUUUAUGGGAAAACAAUUUAAUGUAUAUAUAAUAUAAUAAAUUAACAAUUAGAAUACUAUUCCAGUUAUCAAUACUCCAUCAUAUUUUGUAACUGAUGAAUUAUUUUUCCAAUUAUUAUUAAGCACUUAAUCUGUACUUACAGAUUGUAAUUAAUUAACUUUAUUGUAUUCAAAUGUUGCUCAUUAAGGUGGUUUUAAUCAAAUGAUUCAAUCACUUAAAGGUAUUAUGAAUAAUCAAAAUACUUAGAUUGUAAAUUACCUACCAUUAUGUUUUUUUAACAUGAAGAAAAAUAUGAAUAGAAAACUAAAUAAUAGAUAUUUGGAGCUCUUACAAAUCUUAGAUGGUAUGACACUAAAUAAUACUUUGGAACCAAAAAAGAUUGCAUAUUUAGUCUCUAUCCUUAUUUUAAAAUUUAUAGAUCUAAAAAAAGAGGAGAAUAAAAUUAUUGUUUUCUUGAUUCCAAUAAAGGUAUUGGUUUUGGUGGUAAAAAUGGAGAGGGUUACAGAAUCUGGAUUGAUAAAAAUUUAUAGAAUUCAUAUUGUACUCAAACAGAUGAUUCUUAUGAAAAUGGACCUCUAAUAUUACCUUAUGUUAAGAAAUUGUAAAUCAAUAUUAUUGAAAUAUGGGCUAUUUAACAUCCUACAGAUGAAAAUGAUGAAAAUUUUGAUAUAAAAAUAGAUUUGAAAGAUCCACUCUUAUAACAAUAAGAUGAGAUUCAAUUUUAAAAUUCUAAUGCUGAUUUUUAUUGGGUUUAACAAUAAAAAACAGAUUAAAGACAUUCAGGAUAUUAUUGGGAAAAUAGUAAUGUAAGUUGA